GAAAUAGUUGUCGGCCUUUCUGAUCUCAUUGCCAUAGCUUAUAUCUAAUUAUGGGUAGUCAAGAUGCCAUUCCACGAUCUACUGUAGAUGCUCCACCAGCUCAUUACGUAAUGAAAAUUCAGUCAUUUUCACUCCUUGCGAAGAAUUCUAUAGAGAGAUACGAAUCAGGGAAAUUUGAAGCUGGAGGCUACAAAUGGAAGUUAGUUCUGUACCCUAGUGGAAACAAGAGCAAGAAUAUAAGGGAACAUAUAUCACUCUACUUGGCGUUGGAUGACACAAGUUCACUUCAUCAUGGAUGGGAAAUCUAUGUCAAUUUUCGAUUCUUUUUGCAUGAUCAGACCAACGACAACUACCUAGUUGGCCCGGAUACUGUGAGAAAGGAAAGGAGAUUUCACAAAAUGAAGGCUGAAUGGGGAAUUGAUCAAUUUAUUCCUCUGAGAGACUUCAACCUUGCCUCUAAAGGUUAUCUGGUGGACGACACGUGUGCUUUUGGAGCAGAAGUCUUUGUUUGCAAAGAAAGAAGCACAGGCAAAGGAGAAUGUUUGGUAAUGAUGAAGGAAGCCAUUCUAUACAAGCACCUCUACGAGUUUGACAACCUCUCUAAGUUGGAUUUAGAGUGUUAUGAUUCUAAACCAUUCAAUGCUGGAAACUUUAAGUGGAAGAUAAAACUAUAUCCCAAAGGAAAAGGUGCUGAAUUGGGCAAUUAUCUUUCUCUGUAUCUAGCCUUAGCUGACCCAUCAGCCCUUUCUCCUUGUUCCAAAAUAUAUGCGCAGAUAACAUUACGCAUACUUGACCAAAAGCAAGCCAAACAUCACUUUGGAAAAGCUAACUACUGGUUUAGUGCCUCAAGCCAUGAAAAUGGUGCAGCCAUAUUUAUGCCUAUCAAUAAUUUCACCAAUCAAAACUUUGGUUAUGUGGUGAAGGACAGUUGCUUCGUAGAGGCAGAGGUUAUAAUUCUUGGAGUGGUUGAUGCAUUGUCCUAAGAUUCUUUAAGGUAUGCUAUUGAUGAGUGCAGUGAUUUGGCCAAGACUCAGGUUGAUCCAAGAAUUAAUGAAAAUGAGUGGCAGUAAUAGUUUUCACUUUUCAAUUUAUGUAAUAUAUGGAUAUUCUAAAUGGACACUGGCACCACAUGCAAGUCUUCUACUUCCAACAUGGAAAAAAAAAAGUGACUCCCUAACUUUAA